AUGGCUGAAGCAUACAACCCCGACCCGCAGUAUGAAUUCACCCGUAACUUCAAGGGUUACGGUGAGGCUGGUCUGAACGUCAAGUGGCCAAACGACGCCAAGAUCGCCGUCUCGUUCGUCAUCAACUACGAAGAGGGCGGCGAGCGCAGCGUCCUCGCCGGAGACGGCCAGGCAGAGACCAACUUGAGAGAGAACCCCCUUGGGGCUGCCAAAGUCAACGAGCGCGACUACAGCGCCGAGUCGGAAUACGAGUACGGCAGCCGCUCAGGCUGGUGGCGUCUGUUCCGGCUGUUCAUCAAGUACAAGAUGAAGUUCACCCUGUACGCAGUUGCCCAAGCCGUGGAGAAGCAGCCCGAGGUCGUCCAGAGAUGUGUGGAGGAGGGACACGACAUCGCGUCACACGCCUAUCGAUGGAUCGACUAUCACGGUCUCACUGCCGAACAGGAAAAGGACUACAUCCGCAAGGGCAUCGCGUCUCUUAAGUCCUUGUCCGGCUACGCACCGCGAGGGUGGUACUACGGGCGUCCAAGCCCACGCUCCAGGGCCCUCGUCCCCCAAGUCUACGAAGAGCUGGGCGAGGAGCUCUUGUGGGCCUCGGACACGUACGCCGACGACGUGCCGUACUGGAUCGACCUCCCGGCGGAGCAAGACUCGCCGGACCCCAAGGGCUGCCUCAUGGUGCCGUACUCCUACGACUGCAACGACUUCAAGUUCCAUGUCGUUGGGUCGGGGUUCCGUGACCCCCAAGGGUUCUAUGACCACAUCAAGAACGCUUUCGAUAUUCUGUAUGCGGAAGGGGAAGAGGGCAAGCCCAAGAUGAUGACUGUUGGUCUGCACUGCCGUAUCAUUGGGAGGCCUGGUCGCUUCAAGGCCCUGCAGGACUUUGUGGACUACAUUAGCAAGAAAGAGGGCGUGUGGGUAGCGACGAGGAGCGAAAUUGCCGAGGCGUUCAAGCAGCAAUUCCCGUACAAGAAGGGUCAGCUUGCUUGA